AUGCUUGAUAUUGACGUAGGUAGAUUACCUCACGAGGCACGAGAGCUUGUUCCGAACGCUUCGUUUGAAGGCGAGACGAGCAUGCUGGAGCGUAUCGAGAACCGUGCAUAUCAACAGAGAGUUCCUGGGAGCGUCCAUUUUCUUUCGAAAGGACGGCAUGCCCACAGGAUAAAAAGGACACUGGCUCUUGUUGCCACUAGGGACAUUUAUGACGAAGAGAUCUUUAUGAACUACCGCUUUAAUCCAAACUCACGAGGCUUGCCUGAAUGGUAUCACGAUUGUGACCCCGAGGCGAGCAGUAGAAGGUGGAAUUGCGCUGGGAUCUUUUCUUGA